AUGAAUCAUAAAUACAUUUUCCUUAUACAAGUUAUUUAAAACAUCUGGUGGAUUGUCGAAAUGUAAUUUAUUAAAAAGUCAUCAAAUUACACAUAUUAUUUUUUGUGUUCAUUAUGCUUAACAACAAGGUUACUUGCCUCUAUAAUAUACUUAAAAAAACACUAGAAGUACGACCGAUUUAUUCUCUUAACUACUUUAGCCAAUAAUGUUUGCUACACUGAGGCCAAUAUUAACUUUGAAAGCCAGAAUUUAUAUUUAAAUCAUAUCAACACUUUAGUCAUCCUUCUAAAUUACAUCGAGGCCCAAACACUAAUAAAACAUUAGUAACUGGAUCUGCUCUCAAGAUUUGCAUUUCCUACUUAUAUCCUAAUAAGAUUGAUCUCCCUAAUAUUCAUAUAGUUUGAUAUCCAACUCUGUGAAGCUACUACUUUGAUGGCCUUGUUUUUAUUUGUGUACUUUUCAAAAUAGGAUGACGCUAUGCAUUAAACACAAUCUCAUCCAAAAUUAGACCAGUCCUUAUAAAAUUGUUCUGUCUCUAUGCAUUAAUCGUAACCCAAAUAAGAAAAGCGCCUCACUUAAAAUUCAAAUAAACUCAUCCUCUAACCUGACAAAAACUCAUAACCCAGAAAUAGUAUCUAAAUUAACAUCAAAGACUCUUACAGGGAAGAAAGUGCUCCCAUUCCUACAUUUCAUUCUAAACUUAGACCAGGCUUCAAAAGCUAAUAUUCACAUUUAGUAGUCGACAGAAAUGACUCUUAACUAUAAAAUUUCUAUUAGAAUCUUGUCAACGUUUUGCCAGAAGGAGUUAUAAUGUUAAAUAAGUUUUAGCAAAUUCAAUUCAUUAGUUCAAAAUGUGAAAAGCUAUUGGAAUGUGAUGGGAAAGAAAGAGUGCUAGAAUACAUCAAAAGGUGUCUGGCUAAUUGCGAUUUACCAGAGGAUGUUUAAUCGAUAACAAAAACAAGAUGUAAAUUGACAUAAAGAGUUUUGGAAGAAAUAAUCAGAAUUUAUAAGUAGAAUUCUCAGGAAUUAGAUAUUUUUGAUGUCUUAUUGAAUCCGAACAAAUACAUCUAGGCCUUGUUUUCGGGAUAGAACGGGUCAUUUGAACAAGAGAGAAGUAGUUCUGGUUCAAUUUAUUUUUCUGAUCCUUCUCAAUUAUAGGAACACACUUUUUGCUUUGAAGGCUCAAUUGAUAAGGAGAAGUGUGAUCAAUCUAAGAAGCUUAAGUUUAUUUUGGUUUAAACUUCAAUGACGUUGAGUUAAUAGGAAGCCAUCUCAUAGAAUGGUUUGACCAAUUCAAAAAAGUAGAAUACGAACGAUAUGCCUCAACCAAUUCUUUUGAUCCUAAUUAAGAAUACCACACAUAAGAAUAGAGUGAGGGAAUUGAAAAAGGAGAGAUUAAUUAACAACUCACUCUUGAAGUCCUUUUCACAUGAAUUGAGAACUCCUUUGAAUAGUUGUUAGUAUAUGCUGAAUCUGAUCAAGGAGGUCUCAAAAGAUGAACGUAUAGAGCAAUACCUAAACACAGCAUAAAGUUCAAUUAAAUUAUUAAUCUACUAAAUAAAUGAUAUUUUAGAUUUUGCUGCUAUGUAAUCAAAGACUUUCUCUUAUCAUACAACUUCUUUUUGUAUCAAGGAUUUUAUUUAAGAGAUCCAUGAGUUGUAUGAUCAACAAGUAAGUUAUAAAAAUAUCAAACUAGAAAUCUAAUAUGAUUAAUCUUUAUAAAAUCAAUUUUUCAUCAAUGACAAACAAAGAAUUAUGCAAGUCUUGGUUAACUUAUUAAAUAACUCUUGUAAAUUUACAAAGCCUGGUGGUGAGAUUCUUAUACUAUUUAGACAAAUGAAAGGCAAUUUAAUCGAAGUGUCUGUUCGAGAUAACGGAAUUGGAAUCUAAUCGAAUAAGUUGGAAUAGCUUAGAAAAUCCUUCUGUAAGCCCUCCUCCUAAAUAUGUUAAGAUUCUGGCCUUGGAUUUGGUUUGAAGAUAGCUGGGAAAAUCAUCAAAGGAUUAACCUAUAAUAAAACAUACUUGGACAUCAACUCAAAUACCAAAAGUGGAACCCAAGUUUCUUUUCUAUUUUAAAACUAAGAAAUCAUGAAUUAGGAAUGCUUACUAUCUCCAUAACAAAGUAAUAUCACUGGUAGAUUUGAAAUAUUGUCUCCUGCCUCCUCCUCCCAUCUUAUCCCAAAAUCAGAAUCCUUGAUGAAAGGUCUGCACUAGAAAUUUGAAAGUCCCCAGAAUGAAUCAACCAUCCUUAAAGAACAAUUAGAAAGUCCCAGAAUCAAGGACGACCAACAAAGUUCAGUGGUUAUUCCGAUAAGUUCUUAUCUUUUCAAAGAUAAUCUUACUCAAAAGAAUAAAAAACAGAGUUCAAUAUUAUCUUUUUAAAUAAAUGCCAAUAACAAUUGUGAAAGUUGCUCAUAAAUCCUAAUAGUUGAUGACAUACCAUUCAAUCAAAUUGCAUUCAUUUAGACAUUAAAUUAUUUCAAAAUAAACGCCGAGUCUGCUUUUGAUGGGUACCAAGCCGUUGAGAUGGUGAAGUAGAAAUUGACCAAACACUGCAAGUUCUAUAGAUUGAUAUUCAUGGAUAUUGAAAUGCCAGGUUAAAACGGUUUUUAGACUUCUAAAAUUGUAAGAAUCUCGUAAAUGCCUGGUGUCCAAUCAAUAAUCGUUAUGUGUUCUGCGUACGAUACUCUUGAAAAUUAUAAUUGUGCCCAACAAGUAGGAAUAACUGAAUUCUUGCCAAAACCUGUAAAUAAGAAAGAGUUAGAUAAAAUCCUAAAAAAGUAUUUAUUCAAAAUUUGA